UCCAAGGCCCCACCUCGGACACCAACAGAGGAAUCUGCAGAAGAUCCUUGGUGCUGACAAGGUUGGGGGAAAUUGAUCUUCCCGAGCGUUGGGCAAGAUGGCCACCACCAAAGUGCCCAUCUACCUGAAGCGAGGCAGCCGGCGGGGGAAAAGGGAGAAACUGCGAGACAUUCUCUCUUCCGAGAUGAUCAGCCCGCCCCUGGGAGAUUUCCGGCACACGAUCCACAUUGGGAGCCAGGGGGAGAAUGACAUGUUUGGAGACAUUUCUUUCCUUCAAGGGAAGUUCCAUCUCCUGCCCAGAUCGGAGAACGUGGAUCCCGACGGGAACAGACGCUUCGUGGUGCCUUUUGAGUUCUCACGGCCUUCGACGAUCUCGGGAUACGAGGCCCAGCCGUUGGACAUCCCAUCGCCGCUGCUCAAGAACGCCAUUUCUUUACCGAUCAUCGGCGGCCUGCAGGCUCUGACGCUACCUUCCACCCAAGCCCCUCCGAAGCCGCCCCGUCUUCACCUGGAUGACAGAGACCACGCCGCCCCGCAGACAGAGGUCCACGCCCAACCUCUGGCCAACAACGGUUGGACUUCAGAGGGCUCCAACCUCCAACCCCCAGCCCCUCUGAACGGCUUUGCUGAGGGGGAAAACCCGGAGGAGCCUUUCUUAUCCCACGCCGGAUCCCUGCUCUCUCUUCACGUAGACCUGGGCCCCUCCAUUUUGGAUGACGUUCUAGGGGUCAUGGAGAAGCACCAGAUGGAGAACGUGGACUUGCGAGAGUCUGGCAGGCAGGAGAUUCUCACAUGAUGCGGGUCCGUCUGCUGGAAGGACUCCUAAAAUCGGGCGCUUUGUGGAAGAGGGGGUGUGUUAUUGUUGACUGGGCUCUGUGACGUGGACGUUUGGGAUGUGGGUGUGUUUGUGGAAAGGGGUACAACUUAUGAAAGGUACAACUGCCUUCCGACUUCCGGCCUUUUAAUUGACAGCUUCUCUUUCUUUCGUGCAUCGUGUAGCAGCAAAAUCAGUCUUUGCAACAGCCUUUUCCUAACCCGCUGCCCUUCUCUCGUUCUCCUCCAGCCCAGCUGCUGGCCUGCUGUAGGAGGAGCAUGGGAGGUGUAGUCUGACCCAGAAGGCGCCAGGCCUGCAAAAGUUAUCCUACACACAUCACUGCCACGCUGCCAAAACCUGUAUCGAAACGGCAUAAUAAAUUCCUCGUGGUCGACUACUUAUCCUUCACUAAAAGAAGGAAGAUGACCGGGAAGACAAAAUUGUAGCCGCCAAGAGUUGGGUUGAUUGUAUGUUCUUUUGUGUAGGAGGGGUGGGAAUUAAGUUACGUUGGCCUGGUUGCCCAGGGCUGUUAGCCCGGUUUGGAAAGAGCGUGGCUCUCUCCGUGUUGCAAUAUAAACAAAAGUCAGAACUGG